AUGGCUUUCUCUCUUAUCUGGAUCUUUGUAUCCAUUCUGGUACUUUGGGUCUCCAAUGCGUACCUUUCGCUGAAUCGAAAUAUCGCGAUCGCAAAGACCACUGGACUUCCCUACAUCAUAUCUCCAAUCAACGGUAUAGCUGGAUUUCUCUGGGCCGGUAUCCAUGAUAUUGUUUUCAGUAUUCUGAAAUGUCUCCCAUAUUCUCAAAAUUGGUUAUAUCCAAUGAUUAUCUAUCUUGACCCCCAUCGAGGAUGGCACUAUAGCCAGGAACUCCGUGAACUACAUGGAGAAGCAUUUCUCAUCAUUAGUCCUGGUCAGAUAUAUCUUAGCAUGGCCAAUGCAGAUACUAUAUACCAAAUGUCUAUUCGGCGAAAUCACUUUCAGAAACCCAUUGAAGUAUACGGAAUUGUCGAUUUGUACGGAAAGAACAUUCUCACCACGGAGAAGGAUGAAUGGAAACGUCAUAAGAAAGUUGUCGCGCCUGCAUUCUCGGAGAGGAGUUAUGCUGUAGUGUGGAAGGAGACUAUGAACCAGGCGUAUGGAAUGCUAAGACAUUGGUCAGGAGCGAAAGAUUCGAAUGAAGAGAAUCUGGAAGUUAAAGAUACUGCACCGGAUACUGCGGUUUUAGGUCUACAUGUUAUUUCUGGAGCGGCGUAUGGCAUUAGCCAGAGCUGGGAAGGAGACGAUGAGGAGUUGGGUAACAAUAUUGUUCCCGGUUUCAAUACCACUAAGCUUGAGGGUAAUCAUCGAUUGAUGUUUAAGGAAGCUCUGGGUACAUUGGUUCAUGAUAUCAUUUGGGCAGCGCUUGCUCCGAUGUGGGUAUACAGUAUCUCACCUUUCCAUAAGAAGUGGUAUCAGUCAUUUGUCGAAUGUGGUGACUAUUUCAAUGAGCUGUUUGAUCACAAUUUGAAGGUUAUUGAAAGUGGCCAGAAUAAAGAUUCUGCAGCAAUGGGCAUUAUAGGUUCUUUGGUAGAAGCUACUCGACUCGAAUCCUCGGAUGAUUCGAAGAAAAUGCUCACCAAGCAAGAAGCGAUAGCCGAUUCCUUUAUAUUCCUCUUCGCAGGCCACGAAACCACAUCUAACGCCAUACACUUCAUAAUCCUCUUCCUGUCUGUUUUUCUCACGGCACAAGAUCAACUUCAAUCGACGCUUGAUACAGUUCUUACAGACAGAUCAUCAGAGUCCUGGAAUUAUGAAACAGAUUUCCCAGCUUUACACGACAGUUUUGUUGGAGCCGUCAUGAACGAAUCUUUAAGAGUCAUGUCCCCUGUUAUUGCCAUUCCGAAGGUCAGCUUGGAAUUGAGACAAAUGAAUUUUGACGGAAAAAUUAUCACGGUCCCGGCAAACACGUUUCUGCAUUUCGAUGUCAUGGGUGUGCAUCGAAAUCCGCGUUAUUGGCCAUGUCAAAAAAGCCGGAUUAGUGAUAAAUCUCACGAUUUAGAUGACUUUGUACCUGAGAGAUGGCUACCCGGCUAUGAGAAAAACUCAAAGGACAAGGCCUCCCCUGACGCUUCGAAUGACAAUCUACUCUUUGUACCACGUAGAGGAGCAUUUAUACCCUGGUCAGAAGGCGCCCACGCCUGUAUGGGGAAAAGAUUCUCGCAAGUUGAGAUGAUGGCUGCAUUGGCUGUGAUAUUCAAAGUCUGGAGCGUUGAGUUGGAUGUCAGAAAAUGGGCGAGUGAUGAGGAGGUUGAGAAGAUGAAUGUUGGAGAUAGGAGAGUGGUUUACGAGAAAGCAAUGGAGAGAGCGAGACGACUCAUAAAGGAGAGUGAGACUGUUAUCACGCUAAAGAUGUCUGGAGAGCCUGUUCCUUUGAGGUUUGUCAAGAGAGGAAAGGAGAGAUUUAAGGAUUGCUUUGUUUGA